CUCAGUACAACGCGCGCAAUCUAUACAGCUUUCGCUCGCGCUCACUGCGCCACGAUCAUUGUUCAACGCAUCGCGUCGAUUGACUUCAGUACGUUUGCUCUUGUGUCGGAUGUGAAAUCAUAGCGCUCGGGAACUAUUUAUUAAAUUUUAUUUUUGUUUUCGUGCCGUAAAUUUUACCUAAUAUAUUCAAAUACUGUGAAAGUAAAAAAAACACAUAUUAUUUCGAGUUAACACAACGUUCGCAAAAUGAUGACCGAAUCCACCUCACCGCCAACAACACCUGCAAUAGAUAGUAAAAACACAGCAGGUGCUGGGGAUAAGAAUGCACUAAAGCAGCUGUCGGAAAAGGAACUUAAGGAGCAACAAAUUUAUAAUAAUUUCGCCACGCCACUGAUUGGCACUUAUCUAAAUCUGCCGCAAGAUCCGGUGAGGCUGAAAUGUCCUGCUUGUGGAAUUGUUGAAAUGACACAAGUUGAAAACGAUUUGAAGUGGUGGGCGACGGAGAUCAAUCGCUUUGUGGGGUGUUUAUGGGUGUAA